UGCGAGGCUAUUGUAUUGUACGUUUAAUUUUAAUCGCCGCGCCGGUGAUUGCCGUUCGCCGGCGUGCUUUGCUCGACGCUGUUAUCAUAAUUUCAGUUAAAAUUGAAAAAAAUAUAUCGCGCGUGUGAAUUGUGAUUUUUUGCCGUGAAAAAUAUAGCCGGCUGGGACAUCGAUAGUUCUCAGGGAGACAUCCCCGGAAGCCAAAAUGGGCCGCUUCCUAUCGAAAGAGAACCUAGAGGGUUUCGAUAAAUAUAAGUAUAACUCUAUUGACACAAGUGUUCUCAGCAACUAUGUUAUGCACCCAUUCUGGAAUUGGUGUGUUCAAUUCUGCCCAGUCUGGGUAGCACCAAACCUGCUAACCUUUACCGGCUUCCUCCUGACCGUACUAAACUUCCUCCUGUUUUCCUACUACGACUACGGGUUCUUCGCGUUAACCGAGGCCGGCGGUGACGGGAUCCCCAGGUGGCUGUGGGCGGUGUCCGCUGUCAACCUGUUUGUGGCCUAUACCCUGGAUGGGAUCGACGGCAAGCAAGCGCGUCGCACUGGCACCAGCGGGCCUCUGGGCGAGCUCUUCGAUCAUGGACUCGACUCUUACUCGGCUGUCUUCAUUCCUGCCUGCCUUUAUAGCAUAUUUGGGAGGGACGAGCUGAGCCCGCUGCGCAUGUUCUUCGUGAUAUGGAACAUCUUCAUCAACUUCUACCUGACACACUGGGAGAAGUACAACACGGGCGUCAUGUUCCUGCCGUGGGGAUACGAUUUCACCAUGAUUGGAUCGUGUCUCCUGUUGCUGAUAACGUCAGCCAUCGGUCCGAAGGCGUGGCGCGUGGCUCUGCCCGGCGGCCUAACCCCAGGCGUGGUGUUCGAGCUCGUGCUAUACCUGUCAGCUAUGCUAACGUCGCAAACUACCAUCCUGUUCAACAUUUACAAGUCCUACCGCGACGGCACAGGCAAAAUGCGGUCCUUCAACGAAGCCCUGCGCCCGCUCUACCCUGUGACUAUCUUCUUCGCCGUCAGUUCGGCGUGGGCACUGUACUCGCCGAGCGACAUCGUGGAUCGCGCACCGAGACUGUUCUAUAUACUGACGGGGACUAUAUUUUCUAAUAUUAACUGCCAACUUAUCGUCGCCCAGAUGAGCGGCACGCGUUGUUCAGCGUGGAACGCGUUACUACUGCCAUACACUGUGUGCUGCGUCGCGUCGCUAACAAUACUCAAUCCUACUGCGGAGCUGCUCUUACUGUAUACUCUGACCGCGGCGUGUACUGUGGCACAUGUCUACUAUGGCACUAGGGUGGUGCAAGAAAUGUGCGAACACUUCAAAAUCAACUGCUUCCAUAUCAAGCCAAAAAUUAAAUAAGUAGGGUCUAGUCGAAAUGUUUAUUAGUUUUAUUAUAAUGAAUUAAAGGUUGCGGUAGAUAUCUGGUCAAGGUAAUAUGUUAAGUACACAGUGAAAUUUUACCAAAAGUUGGUGUUUAAUGAAAAUGCAUUUAUAUGUAAUUUUAUGGUGGAAACGUGUGUUAAUUGUUGUAUGGACUUUCAGUUACUUGUAUCGAUUUCGAUCACAAAUCUUUGCAUAUAGAUUUACAGAACCUCUUUGGAAUUGAAGCCUAAGAAGUGGUUAUAUUUAACCAUUUAAUGUCAAGCACAGCAAUAGCUACUAUACUCGCUGCAAUGCUGGCGACUGAAGUCAUAUUGCCACCUCUUUCAUGCUAAUGGAUACCCGGUGAGAUAGAAAGGGAUGGUACUAUAACAUCAGUCGCCACUUGGUAUUGCGGCAAGUAUAGCCGUGCUCUUGGUACCAUGGACUAAGGGCCAGUUGCAUCAACCACAGUUAACAGACACAUCGACGUCACGCAGCAGGUCUAUGGAAUUUCCAUACAAAAAAUAGCUAACGCCAAAUUCGGUGGCAAGACGGUUUGGUGUAACUGAGCAUAAAGCCUCCGCCACACAUAAUCCGCCGCGUUUAGAUAGCGGAGCGUAAUGAUAGCGGCGCGCCGGACGAACGCUGGCGUUCCACUCGCAAUCCGCGCGCAUUCCGCUCGCGAUCCGCGCUCGUUAGUUCCCGCCGGCGUCCGCUGGGCGCAACGCCAGCGUUCUUCCGGCGCACCGCUAUCAUUGCGCUCCGCUAACACUCCGCCUACGCUCUCAAAACGCGCAUGUGUGGCCGAGCUUUAAGUGUUACGGCGUACGCCUUCAAAGUAACCGUUAAAGUUUACAUACAUUAGCUCGUGACUUUGGUAAAUAAGUAACUUUUUUAACAUAAUGUUUUCAAAGGGUUAAACUAUUUGGUUAGCCAAAAUUGGCUUCCUUCCUGAUGGAAUUGUACCUAGUUAUUUUUAGCUAAAUUAGACGAAUAUUAUAGUGACUUGUAUUCAUUGAAAAAAGGACUUUGAAGGAAUCUCAGACGACCGGUUUACCUUUUUCUAUAAACCAAGUCUUGCCAAAUAUGAACAUUUACUUCCUUAGCAAUAAUAGUAAGCUAGAUUUUAACCAAAUGUUACUAGAAACACUAGUCAAUAUUAUCGCCACAUUCAAUAUGGCAUUUUUACUUUUAUAAUAUAAUGUAGCAUUUUCUCAUGAACUUUUUAAUCGUAACGAAUAUCAAACGAUUCAAUAGACUUAAAUAUUUUUCGACCAUUGUAAUGAUUUCGAUAUUUAUACAAAUCUUAGUAUGCAGUGUCUGACCAAUAAGACCAAUUAUUGAAAUAAUAUUAACAAUAGCCAAAUAUGACAUAUUUAUAAGGGGUCCGCUUGCUUGCUAUGCCUUGCCAGGCAAGUAUGGUCGCGUGGUAAAUAAUAAAACAUCUGGCCGCCGCUAUCGCACUUACAAAUAGUGCGAUAGGGACAGCCUGAUGUUUUAUCAUUUAUCGCGCGACCAUGCUUGCCUGCCUGGUUGUUCUGAACCGCCGCGGGUUCACAGACGACGUUGUAAUGGGAGGACGACCACUCCGGAACAUUUACGUAUACGAAUACACCACACAGACGCUGCAGACAACGCUACCGGCGGCGCAUCAGAAUGACUAUUAGUCGUUCUAGGCCUAACGGCCCAACCACGACAUUGGUCUAAGCGCGACAGCGGUGAGCGGCAGCCAUAGAUUAGAUUAGAUUAUAUUUAUUUCUUGAUGAAAAUUACAUGUUAUUUUAACUUAAAAAUAGCACCA